AUGGAACCAGACAUUCUUGAAUUGCGAGGAUUCAUCCGCAACCCUAAAAACGAGAAGGAACUCCUACACAACCGUCGAAUGUAUGAAGAAUUCGUAUUUAAAUAUGAGAUCUAUCUCGCAAACGUAGAGAAUCCUCACACCUUUGUGAGUUACUAUGGUCCCAUUCAACUUGGCCACGUUAGAGACGUAUCCAAUAAAUGUACCAGCAUCUACUUUCUCAAAGGUAGAACCCAGGGAAACAAAUCAGCUAUACCAUCCGUCCACCGAUAUAUAUCAGAAAAAUGGUUCGAAGGAAAUAUUCACAAUAAAGAUAUUACAUUUCAACGCUUUUUUGCCAAAAUAGUGCUUAUGUCGCCGUCGCACAUGAUCAAACAUUGCCUUGAACUCCACAACAUUUUUUGCAGAAAAUUUGAUGACCGCUCAAAGAAUCGUAUUUUCUGCUUAAAAAAUAGAGAGAGCCUCAAAGUCGCAAAACUACGGAGUUACGACCCAGCACUAGAAACGGAAGAUCAUCAUGAUUCAAAAAACUAUAGAAUCACAUCCUUGUUCCGAAGUGUGAUUAUUGUUAUGAGAGAUUGCAAACUCGAUGUGCCGACCGCCGAACGAAAAGUGUUAUUGGUGAGAAUUGGGAUCAAGAAUGGACUUGCUUUAUCCUUCAACUUUGAUGGGGUUGAACAAGUCGAGGAUGAUGAUCCUGAUUUCAUACCACCAAGCAAUAGCAUCACAACAACGUUGAAAGAAGCGGUGGCAUUCGUUAUGCGACUCCACAAAUCGUUCGAGACUAUUUUUCCAUCAUCAGAUGAACGGAACACUGGAACAUUCAUCACAGACUCCGGAAUGUCAGUAUCCUUGACGGCGGCAACGGAAAUGGGAUAUAAAGGAAGGGAAGUCGUGGGACCAAGCACUAAUUGGGUCAACAUGAACUCCGGUAAUAUUCCUCACAACUGCUACGAAGGUUUCUGCAAUUCUUCGUAUGCUGAGAUGAGAGAUGGAUUUUAUGAGGAGGAGUCAGAAGCGAGAAGCCAGCGAGAACCAGGGGCACCUGUAUCUGAUCCGAGCAAUCAACUACCUAUAAGGCCAACUCCUAGCUUCAGCAAUAGCCCGAGCUUCGGCACUCGAAUGAGCUUCGCUAAUAUCGCCGACAAUUUAUUUUCAAUCUCGCAUGACGUCUCAUCAACUAGCAGAUGGAAUUGGAUAUGA